CAAGAGUGUGUUUAUGAUUCGAUUUACAAUGCUCUGUUGGCACGGUAUAUAUUGCAUUGGCUCACGGAUUCCAGUAUAUAUUAGAUAUAGCAAGAUUGUGUAUAACUUCUAUCGGGAUUAUAUAGUGUAUAUGCUAUGAUCAGGACAUCUGGAAUACAUUAGGAUGAGGAUAUGCUGAUUCCAGAGCAGUUGGAAUGAAACAGAACAAUAGUCAUAUGGUUUGGACACUUUCUAGGCAUUAGUUAUAUCCUUAAAUAGUAAUGUUCUAGAUCUGUGGAUGAACUGGAUUAGUUGACAUAGUCACAUUUUCGGGGAGAUACCAUCUAUCUCUGGUAGGAAGGAUUUAGCUGGCGUACCUAGAGGUGAUUGUUGAUAUGACUGGGUCAUUUGUUGCUUCUAUUUAUAGGCACAUGUGCUUUCUAUACCGGAACCAUUUUAAAGCAUUCUAAGAACCUGGUGGAGCAUAUCGAUCAAGAUGAUGCGCUUUAUUGUUAUACACGCACUAGCUAUCACGGCAAUAACCAACUGUUCAGGUAACGCUGUGGAAUCUGGUGAGAUCAAGAAGAUUAUCGCAAAAGUAGAACAAUGGAAAGAGCAAUGCAAGGAAUCUGAUUCAGCAUUUAAAUGUAUGAGCAACGUUUGGGAGUCACAUAGUGAACUAGAGGAUGGAUCAAUUGGUCUAUAUGCCUGGAUGGAAACAUUACCAAUACUGCGACCUAAUGUUGCAGUACUGCGCGAAUUUGACGCCAAGAAUAGUGCCACAUCAGAAGUCUACCACGAAGAUGAAACCAAGUGCCGUAACUGCAUUUGCGAGCACUAUCGUCUAGAUUUUAACUCAUUUGACGCUAUCCUGAGGAAUAAUCCCAACGGUGGCUUUAUGGAGGAUUUUCGGAAGGUACACUCCCGCAGAGAAACAGAAAAAAUAUAUACCACCAAGGACUAUAUCAUAGACUGCCUGGACAACAUAAAGCCACCAUCAGUGGUCAUUAGUGGCAAUGCUGCCCACACUACGCCGUUUGCAGAGCUUUUUGAUAGUCAAGUACACGGUAGAAGCGAUUAUGGAUCUAUGCUAACAUUCCUGUUUUUAAUGGAACCUUACAAACUGGCAAAAAAAGUAAAAGCGAUCACACUGUUCAAACAAAGCGUUGAUAGAUACUGGAUAGGCCGUUUUAGGUGGAAUCGCAUAACUACAAGUGCUCGCGUAGCACGUUAUACCCUCAGAUAUACACAACCUGGAUACGUAAAGUACCGGAUUUCAAAAUACCACCUGGAAGAUUAUAUAGGUAACAGCUUAAUAGUGCCUUAUAUUAAUAUCCGGGAGCCCCGAGUGUACCAACUGCUGGAAGGUACCGGAUUAGAUAACCCAGGACAGAUCACCAGUGCAAGACAAGCUUCCAAACGGUUCAGCAGAUUAAUCAGUAACCUUAUCAGAUUCCUCGAAAUAGAUGGUAUGGAAACAGUAGAACCAUUCUACAUCGUCGAGAUGCGUGUGCGCAAUCCAAAGUAUAACUUACUGGAUAUCAUGUCUGCCAACAGAAUUAUCAAGCAACCAAUUAGGUACAACGUUGUAGCACGACCAUCCGGUAUCAGACACAUGAAGAAAGUUUUCAUGUUAGCGGAAAUGUUCGCCGUGUCAAUUGCCGUUUCCGUUGUAGCGGUUGCCUGGGUGUUCUACCACCUCACCCAUCAGAUCCCGCAACUCAAGCUAGAAAGUGACUGAUUAACAACUAGACAACCAUUUUUAU